AUGACCGACGUGCUGACGUGGGAGGCGACAAUGAAGCUGCCGACGGGCAAGGCGGUGACUAGCGAGGUCGCUGCGGCGGUGGCAGAGGCGGAGGCGGCGAACUACCCCGAGCGGAGACGAACCCCGUGGCGCGUCGCCCCGAGGGACGCCACGGAGUCGGUAACCGAGCAGCUGGCGCACGGCGGUAGCGGCGACGGCGUGAUCGACGAGACGUACGACACCAGGGUCAAGAUCGGAGAGGCGCUGGAAGGGUCGGCCAGGGCCAUCGGGGACAAGCCCGUGGAGCGGUCCGACGCCAAGGCGAUACGCGUCGCGGAGGCGAGCGCCCUCGGCGGCGAUGCGGAGCGCUGGGCGAUCCCGGGCGGGGUCGCCGAGCGCGCGCAGGCCGCGGCCGCGGCCAACGCCCGCGCCUCGCGCGACGAGGACAAAGUCACCAUGACCGACGUGCUGACGUGGGAGGCGACAAUGAAGCUGCCGACGGGCAAGGCGGUGACUAGCGAGGUCGCUGCGGCGGUGGCAGAGGCGGAGGCGGCGAACUACCCCCGAGCGGAGACGAACCCCCGUGGGGUGAGCGCGGCGCUCGACAUGGCGGCGAAGCACAAUCUGAACACGAGCGCGCCUCUGGAAUAG